UAAGGAAAAACUGAUCUGACAAGAAAAGCUUACAAGAAAACUUCUAUAAAUAUUUUUGUUACAAAUUUAACCCACAUCAAAAAAUUCCAAUAUAUCGCAAUGUUGAAUAAAUAAAAAAGAGAAUAUGCAUUUAUAGCAAUAUUUUUAAAUUUAUUAUAGUGGUUAUUGUAAAGACGAAGGGAAUACUUUUGUAGCUCAAGGCAACAGCCUAGGGAAAGCAAAUUCUACAUUCUUUUGUAUAAGGUCAAUUUCAUACAAGUCAAUUUUUUUUGGUAGUAUAGCAAACAUAUAAAUAUAUAUAACAAAGUAACAAAAAUGCCUUCCGUACGGAAAUACCGUCGCGAAACCACUGAGAUAAGCUGUUGUUUAAAAUAUCUACUCUUCAGCAGCAACGUAGUUGUUUGGACUGCUGGAUUAUGUGUUCUGGCCGUUGGUAUUUGGGCUUGGAAUGAAAAAGAUAUGUUCAGUAAUUUGGCUAAGCUAACAUUUAUAGCCUUAGAUCCGGCCUUUGUAUUAAUUUGUACGGGCACAAUCACAUUUAUAAUUGGCUUUACUGGAAGCGUUGGAGCGCUACGAGAAAAUACCUGUCUCUUGUCACUGUACGCAGUAUUUCUGUCGUUGCUGCUGACAUUUGAAAUCAGCUUGGGCAUAUUAACUUUUGUACUAAAGGAUAAGGGUUGGAUAAAAGAUCAAGCUACCGAGGGAUUACGUGCCUUCAUAAUCCACUACCGUGAGGAUCCAGAUCAGCAAAAUCUUAUCGACUGGAUACAAGAAGAUUGGCUGCAGUGUUGUGGAAUUGAUGGCCCAAAAGAUUGGGAUAGCAAUAACUAUUUCAAUUGCUCAUCCAGCGCUAUUGGGAGUCGGGAAGCAUGUGGAGUGCCGUUUUCAUGCUGCCGUCGGCGACCAACCGAAUUAAUAAAGAAUAAGCAGUGUGGCUACGAUGUGCGCAAAGAAGGAUAUCCGGUGGAACGACACAUCUAUGAGCGCGGUUGUUUGCGAGCAGGCGAAGAUUGGCUGGAAGCACACCUGAUUAGUGUAGCGUCUUCCUGCAUUUGUAUACUUGUAGUGCAGAAUUUUGAAUUAUCGAAAAUCAUUUACGAAAAAGGCUGCGUACAAGCGGGUGAAGAGUGGAUUGAGCGUAAUUUAAUUAUAAUUUCAACCAGCGUUAUUAUACUUAUUUUCGUACAGAUACUUGGCAUUUGCUUCACACAAAAUCUACGCGCCGAUAUAAAUGCGCAAAAAUCUAAGUAUCACUGACAAAUACCUUCCGCCGCGCCAUGCAAUGGCAUACCGCCAAGGCCCACUGCCAUUUAGGUCGGCUACAAGACCCGCGGCAGCAUGUGGGUGUAGUAUGAAAGAGUGCAUAUGUGAAAAUGAACGGGUAAAGUAAUGCAAAGUAAACUAGUUAAACGGUUAAACGUAAGCUUUAAACUUCCGACUAUGCUACCAUUAUGAGUUAGAGACAUAUAUGUACAUAUAUACCGAACUUAGAGAAACAUAGAGACAUGCAAACACCUAUACUGAGAAAGCAACAUCAACUGAAUAGUGAUUAAGGCUUUUUAAAGUUCGAUUUGUAUGAAUUUAGUUAUAUAUUUACACUUUUUAGUUAACAAAUAUUAAAAUCUCGUACGAUACAUGCUUCCACUAAUUUUCAAGUUAAACUCAAAUUGCAGCUGUGAUAACUCUUUUGGUCAGCUUUCAAAAUACUCACCCCAACAAAACAAAACUAACUUGACUUAUAAUGAUGCAACUCAAGCUAAGCAAACAAAGGUUAUAUGCUACAUACAAAAAUAACACACCUAUGUAUAUACAUAUAUUUUUUUUUUCACAACAACUUUGAUGCACUUGAAAAGUCUAUUAAGUAUAGCAAACUGUAACCUGAUAUACUGUUUUGUUGCUAUUUAAACGCAAUAAGUGAAGAUAUUACUAUUAGUCCAGAAAAAGUAUACUGCAUAAGUAAAUGUCUAUUUUAAAUACACUCGUCCUUAUGUGGUUGGAGCGCAUGCAUAUUAUUCGGGACGGAAGAAAAAAUGCGCUCACGGCCAUCUAACUAUUUAUCAGCAGAGUCAAGUAAAGACUAACUGUGUUAAUGCUCUAUUCAAUAUAAAUAAAAGGCUCAAACCAAAGUAAUUAAGCAGAUUUAGUCCUACGAUUAAAUAAACUAAUAAGUGUGACGAAAAAGUACUCGGUGAGUUUUGUUAGCUUAAACGAAACGCAAAAAUCUAGUUAUUUUGUGAGACCACAAUAAGUGAGUAUAAAAUUACUUUUACACGUUAGGAAUUACACUUAAAAUGUAAACUAAAUAAAAAUAGGCGAUAUGACAUAUGCA